UCCAGGGGCUCAGCACAGAGAAACCUGACCCGCGUGUAGACUUGUUUCAACCCUUCCUGAGGACUAACUGAUAACCGCUUGCGUUUGAGCACCUGCAGAAGUCAUGAUUAAGAAAAUGUCUCCGUCCGAGCAUGACUUCGACAUCCCAGCUAAGAACUGCCACCGCAUGGUCGUGCUCGGAUCCACCAAAGUGGGCAAGACGGCGAUCAUCUCUCGCUUCCUGAACGAGCGCUUUGAUGAUCAGUACACGCCGACCAUCGAGGACUUCCACCGCAAGUUCUACAGCAUCCGCGGAGACGUCUAUCAGCUGGACAUCCUGGACACGUCCGGAAACCACCCGUUCCCUGCCAUGAGGAGGCUCUCCAUCCUGACAGGUGAUGUUUUCAUCCUGGUGUUCAGCUUGGACAAUCGAGCCUCUUUCCAGGAGGUGCAGCGACUCAAGAGGCAAAUCUUUGAGACCAAGUCAUGUCUAAAGACCAAGACGAAGGAGAGCGCAGAUGUGCCACUGGUCAUCUGUGGCAACAAGUGCGAUCGUGAGUUCACUCGUGAGGUUUCAGACGACGAGAUCGAGCGACUGGUGGCGGGGGACGAGCGCUGUGCCUACUUCGAGGUAUCGGCCAAGCGCAACACCAAUGUGGACAUCAUGUUUCACGCGCUCUUCACCAUGGCUAAACUGCCCGACGAGAUGAGCCCGGACCGGCACCGCAAGAUCUCACUGCAAUGUGGUGAUGUGCUGCACAGAAAAUCCCUGCGCAAUCGUAAGUUCAAGGACGGCGGAGACGCGUACGGCAUCGUGGCUCCCUUCGCAAGGCGGCCGAGUGUGCACAGCGAUCUCAUGUACAUUAAGGAGAAAGCCUUACAUCAAGGCACCAAGGAUCGCUGUGUCAUUUGCUAAACAGACUAAUCGGACUCUGAAUGUGAACACUCCAGAGGGGCACAACAGUACUAAAGGUCACGGUGACACCAGCACUUUGGGUUCUAUCCCGCGAUUCGUGAGACCCGUGCUUUCCGGGUUUGAUCAUGUGGUGGUGGUGGUGGUGCGAGCAAACAAGUUGGAGAUUCUUCAACAAACCUGCUAUAAGCAUUUCGCCGAAAAGACUCUCCCGACCGACUAGUUCGCUGUGAAACUUGAGCACUUGUUUACAGUUUGCUAGAAUAUUUUAUUUAAAAAAAAGAACGCAAUGAACUUGAAUGUCUGUGGCAUUGUGAACAAAAUACAUGAAUGUAUAUUUAUUCUUCUAUGUCAGCGUUUACUUUUGUUACAAAAAGGAAAAAUAAAAGAUGAAUCAAAUGUAAAAA